AUGCUGAGGAAGGCGAUCAGUGGAGGGCUCAUAUGUGACUGCUUCUACCCCAACAUCGGUGGAGUGGAGAGCCACAUCUAUCAGCUAGCCCAAUGUCUGCUUUUACGUGGUCAUCGGGUGAUAGUAAUCACUCAUGCUUACGGUGAUAGGUGUCAGCGUCAAGGCGUUCGCUACAUGGCCAGAGGUCUAAAGGCCUUCUCACCAUUGGCAUUGGAAUCGCUGAUGCACGCCAAGGCUCUUGGUCUGCAUGCUCUCUUUACGGACCAUUCGCUCUUUGGCUUUGCUGACCUCUCAUCCAUCCUCGCAAAUCGUGCACUUUUUAUGUUCUUGAACGUGGUGGAUAACUUCAUAUGCGUGUCACAUGUGGCAAAGGAGAACACUGUGCUGCGUGGUGGCAUGGAACCGGAGCGUGUCUAUGUCAUUCCAAACGCCAUUGACCCCUGUGCUUUCACUCCUGAUCCCGCCUGUCGUGAUGCCGACAAUAGUAAGCAUUGGUAA